AUGGCACCAGAGUUAAGUUCAGGUUCAAAUUCUGAUUCUGAUGUAGAUUUAGAUGGGGGCGGAUUUGUUAUAAACGAUAAAGAUGUUAAGAAAAGAAGAAGAACACCAACUAGAAAAACUGCUGUUACUAGAAAAACUUCAUAUGUUGAAAUUUCAGAUGACUCAGAUGAAGCAGUAAAUUCCGACACGUUUGCAAAUGAACCUACGCCUAUUAAGAAAAGGAAGACACGUCAAAUAACGCGUCCCAAAGGUAAUAAGAAAAGUAAGAAAAUUAAAGUUGAAAGUUCAGAUGAUGAUGAUGAUGCAGAAUUUACAUUAAGUUUAGAAGAUGAAAAAGAAUCUGGAACUACUGAUGAUGAAGUUUCAUUUGUUGGUUCAAAUAAAAUUGAAAAUGACGGGUCUUCAACUAAUAAUGCUAUAAAUUUAUCAGAUUCAGAAUCUCAAUUAUCAGAUAUACCAUUAGCUGAAGAGAAACCAAUUCCCCCGUCUAAAAAGAAAAGAAAAGCUCCUGCUAAAAGAAAACCACCAAAAAUUUCACCUUACGAAAGGAAUACAAAUAGAUUAUUUGAACAACAUCCUUUUUUAAAGGAAGUAUUCCCACACUUGCAAACUAGAGAUAGAAUAAAACCAGAAAGAGCUCCACAUCCUGAAGGUAUGACUUUAAAAAUGUUACCUUUCCAAUUAGAAGGGUUAAAUUGGUUAAUUAAACAAGAAGAAGGUGAAUUUAAAGGUGGUAUAUUAGCUGAUGAAAUGGGUAUGGGUAAAACUAUACAAACUAUCGGUUUAUUUAUGAAUGAUAGAACUCAAGGUCCAAAUUUAGUUGUUGGUCCAACUGUUGCUUUAAUGCAAUGGAAACAUGAAAUUGAAAAACAUACAGAUGGUAAAAUGAAAGUUUGCUUAUUUCAUGGUGCUAAUAGAGCAACUAAAAUCAAAGAUUUAUUAGAGUAUGAUGUUAUAUUGACAAGUUAUUCAGUUCUAGAAUCAAGUUAUAGAAAACAACAAUAUGGUUUUAGAAGAAAAAAUGGUUUAGUAAAAGAAAAAUCACCAAUUCAUAAUAUUGAGUUUUAUAGAGUUAUAUUAGAUGAAGCUCAUAAUAUUAAAGAUAGAACUUCAAACACUUCAAGAGCUGCAAAUCAAUUAAACACUAAAAAAAGAUGGUGUUUAUCAGGUACUCCAUUACAAAAUAGAAUUGGUGAAUUAUAUUCAUUAAUUAGAUAUAUGAAAUUAUCACCAUUUCAUAUGUACUUCUGUACCAAAUGUGCAUGUAAAUCAGAAGAUUGGAAAUUUUCUAAUGGUAGACAUUGUGAUAUUUGUCAACAUUCACCAAUGCUUCAUACUAAUUUCUUUAAUCAUUUUAUGUUGAAACAAAUUCAAAAAUUUGGUCUAGAAGGUUCUGGUAAAGAAAGUUUUGAUAGAAUUCAAUUAGUAUUAGGUAAUAUAAUGUUGAGAAGAACUAAAUUGGAAAGAGCUGAUGAUUUAGGAUUACCUCCAAGAAUUGUUGAAAUUAGACGUGAUAGGUUUAAUGAAGAAGAAAAAGAUUUAUAUCAAUCAUUAUAUAGUGAUUCAAAGAGGAAAUUUAAUGAUUAUGUUGCUGAAGGAGUUGUUUUAAAUAAUUAUGCAAAUAUUUUUACAUUAAUUACUAGAAUGAGACAAAUUGCUGAUCAUCCAGAUUUAGUUUUGAAAAAAGCUGGUGCUAGAGCUUUAAGUCAAAAUAUUGAUGGUGUUAUAAUGUGUCAAUUAUGUGAUGAUGAAGCUGAAGAACCAAUUGAAUCUAAAUGUCGUCAUAGAUUCUGUAGAAUGUGUAUUACAGAGUAUGUUGAAUCAUUUGCUGGGAAAGAAAAUAAAUUAGAAUGUCCAGUUUGUCAUAUUGGAUUAUCAAUAGAUUUAGAACAGCCCGCAUUAGAAGUAGAUGAAGAAUUAUUUUCAAAAGCAUCAAUUGUUAAUAGAUUAAAAUCAGGUUCUCAUGGUGGUGAAUGGAGAUCAAGUACUAAAAUUGAAGCAUUAUGUGAAGAAUUAUAUAAAUUAAGAUCAGAUAAACAUACUAUUAAAUCAAUUGUAUUUUCUCAGUUUACAUCAAUGUUGGAUUUAAUUGAAUGGAGAUUGAAAAGAGCUGGUUUCCAAACUGUUAAAUUAUCAGGAUCUAUGUCACCACAACAAAGAGAUAAUACAAUUAAAUAUUUCAUGGAAAAUACUGAAGUUGAAGUAUUUUUAGUUUCUUUAAAAGCUGGUGGUGUUGCAUUAAAUUUAUGUGAAGCAUCUCAAGUGUUCUUAAUGGAUCCGUGGUGGAAUCCAAGUGUUGAAUGGCAAUCAAUGGACAGAGUUCAUAGAAUUGGUCAAAAAAGACCAAUAAAAAUUACAAGAUUUUGUAUUGAAGAUAGUAUUGAAUCAAAAAUUAUUGAAUUACAAGAUAAAAAAGCAAAUAUGAUUAAUGCGACUAUUAAUCGUGAUGAAGCUGCUAUUAAUAAGUUAACUCCAGACGAUUUACAAUUUUUAUUCUUAAAUUGA